AUGACGACCCCACGAAGAAAGGCGUGCGUCGAGUGCCGCCAGCAAAAGAUUCGAUGUGAUGUCGAGCAACACAAAGUACCGCAUGACCCGUGUGGACGCUGUAGAAAGAUGGGCCUCGAGUGCAGGAUUCUGCCUACAUCGACUAGGAAUCUCCGGCAGACAAAAGCAGAGAUGCGACGAGAGCUCGAAGAAUUGCGAUGGAACAUGAGGCAGAAUGGAGCCCAGCCAGGUGAUGCGAAUUACCCUAAUUCGGUCGCGUCGCCAAACGUCGACAUGCAAAACUACACCCCGCAUGAGCACGCUUCAGGAACAUAUUCAGACCCAUCUGCCAGGACAGAUGGCUCCAACUCACUUUCGCCAGCUUUCGAGUCGAGACCACCCACGAGAAAGGGGUCAGAUAAUCGUGCUACGCUUCCACGCGCCAUGGACGGAUACAUGCUCGAUUCGAGAAGGAUCGACGACUGCUUCACUCUAUUCUUCACACAAUAUCAUCCUCUUUUUCCCAUUCUGGACCCCUCUUUGGCGCCCAAUGAUUAUUAUGAGCUAUCACCUUUCGUCUUCUGGGCUAUCGUCGUCACGGGAUCAAGAAGAUACUCGGAAGAUCCGACGAUACUUGAUAAGACAAGUCAGCUCAUCACUCCACUCGCAUUCUCGUCCAUGGCUCUGCGAUCUUCCCAAAUCCCGGUUAUUCAGGGACUCUUGAUCCUUUCCACUUGGCGACUACCAACAAACUCCAUGUACAAGGAUAUGACUCACCUCCUGUGUGGCUCUGCAGUACAUCUAGCCACCCAGAUUGGAUUACAUAUCUCUGGCGUAGGCCAGGACUUCGCAAGGAUGCCAAUCAAGCAAAAUCAAGAUUUGAAGAUCUCUCGAGCCAGGCUAUGGCUUUGCUGCGUCAUCGUUUCUAUAAGAACCAGUUGCGCUGAAGGUAUACCGCCUCUUGCAGAGUCUUUCUUCGACGGCGACGAACGUAAUCGUGAAGACAUGGUUCCGUAUCUUCCGGUUGACCUGCAGUACCUGCACAAGGUCUUUAUCAUCCUCCUUCGUGCCAUGGUAGCGAUGGGUAAAACCAAUCUGCAAUCCACCAAUUGCGAUGUCCGCGUGCUGCGAUCACUUAUCAGCAUUUUCGACUCGCAGCUACUUAACUUGGCACCAUCUUCUCCAAGCGAUCUUGUAGACACUCUCCAACUCAACUGUGCUCGCAUUCAUGUUAGGGCCUUCCACUUUUUUGCCUACCCAACCAGCCCAGGUCCGGACGCAGACGGCUUUUCUCGCUUUUACUCACUCUGUGUUUCAGUAAUCCAAGCAGCCACCACUAUGACCAUGACGCAGCAGACGGCCUUCGCGUCCGUCUCACAGUCUUUCAUCGACAGGACAAUCACACUCGCCGGAUUCACCAUUCUCAGGCUUAUUCGAAGUCCGCUCGCUCAACAUCUGGACCUUGCUGCUGGUGAGCAAGCAUUCUUCCAGGCUGUACAGUUUCUUAAGAACGUUUCUUUGCAGCAAGGAGAUAUCGGUGUCAGGACCGCCCUCAUCAUGAAUGAUCUGUGGGGCAGCAACAGGGUCUUCCGUAGAAAGGACGGUCGCACCGAUUCACUCGGUCUGAGACUAAGGACACGACUAAGCAUGAGUGUCAGCUACGACAUGUUCUGGUACUGGCGAGAAGAAUUUGGUCAUAUGCAGAAUCCUUACAACGGCGACGAACCGAUUCUUCCCUCCAACGACGCGACCCAGCCCACUACACCUCACCAAGCAUAUGUUUCAAAUCAAGCUCAGGGGCUUUCAGACGCCACAGUACGGUCGCAACCCCCAGUAAACAAGUUCGAUCCUAGCUUGGUGAAUCCCCAGCUACAGCCAGAUCCAACUGGUAUGAGCUUUGACGCCUGGGAUGGCUCCGAAUACAGCGUACCACCGAUGUUGGAUCAAUUCCCUGACUACGACUGGGCAGCUGGUUAUGAUUUCUCGAAUAGCGACUUUCCAACUAUUCCAGGUGGCCCAAUGAACCCAAUCAUGCCCGGUAACGGUAGCGGGGCCAACAUGGGCUAUACGUUUGGUUGA